UCCACAUUAAGGGAUCAUUUCACGCGAAUAGUUAAAACCAAACCUUCACUUCUUCACUCAGGAUGUAUAACUCCAAGAAGAGGGGGAUUACCAACGUAUGAACCAGAGUACAUGCCAAGAGAUCUUUACUACGAAGAUGCAAAUCGGGUACUGCAUCCACUUCCGCCCUAUACACCUCUAUUGGAAUGUGGAAGAGUUUACAUUGGAAGAGUCGUCGGGACUUAUGUUUUCCCCUUAUUCAAUAUUAACCACAAAAUUGUCAUGCAUGAAAGAUUCGGCAAUGAAGGUCCAAUAGUAAUAGGCCCAGGCGGGGCCCAGGAAUUGGGCAUCCCGGGCACUUUGCAACAAGUAGCAGCCGCCAUCCACCUCAGUCAACAUAGGGAGGCGCCAUCUGCUGAAGAGGAGGCAAGACAUGAGGCUGAAAAUGAGCGCACAGAAGCUGUUCAAAACCGGGCCAGACAAGCUACUGAAAACGAGCGCAGAGAAGCUGCUGAAAACCAGCUCAGAAAAGAAGCUGAAAACGUGCGCAGACGAUUUGGAUGGGGUGUUCAAAACCGCCGCGUCAUGCCAAUUAAUAAUUAA